AUGCAGCGGGAUAUUGGAGAUCGACGAGGACAAGGCGAGAGGAGCCGUGUAAAUUCAGGCGCCGAAAAGCAAAAAGGGCCGGUUGGGCUUCGUGGAGGGGACCGGGUAGUCGAGAAAAAGGGCAGGAUCGCUUCAAUGCACCACGACUGGGGCCCAAAGAAGAAUUCGAGCUGGCUUGAAGGGAAGAGAAAGAUCCAAGUCGAGGGAAAGGAGAGUUGCGCCAAGGCGGAGUGGGCGCGGAGGGAACUGCCCGUCGUGCCCCCGUCAUCACUUCUCGUCCUGCUCUCUUUCCACGUCGUCUUCCACACCAACCCCAACAACAAAACCACCCCCAUCAAUCCCAUCAUGUCGCAGGCGGCUCUUCCACCUCCGCCUCCGCCGCAAUGGGCUGUCGCGAUGAACUCGCCGAUGCCGCGUCCUUCCAAGGCGGCGUCCAGCAUUGCCGACCCACCGGGGUUCUCAAGCAGCCGGGCAGGGAAACAGCGCCAGCAGCAACAGCAACAACCCGCCGCGAAGAAACCCGAGGACACCGACUCCCUGAAACUGAAGAAAGCGUGGGAGAUCGCCAUGGGCCCGUCAAAGCAACUCCCCAUGAACGCCAUCAUGAUGUACAUGUCCGGGAAUAGCCUGCAGAUUUUUAGUAUCAUGAUGGUGUUCAUGCUGUUCAAGGGUCCCAUCCAAGGCUUGAUCAAUACCAAUGCUGUCUUCGCCAAGUACGACACUGAGACGACACAUUCGCGUAUGCUGGGCGUCAAGGCAGUCUAUGUGCUGAUGCAGCUUGCCUUGCUGGCGCUGGGAAUUUGGAAGGUCAAUGCGAUGGGCUUGUUGCCGACUACGAGAUCAGAUUGGCUGGCAUGGGAGUCGGAACGGGAGCCUCUGGAACGAUCUUACUUUGCCUUGAGAUGA